AUGGCUGACUUUGACAUACCGAACGCUAGACGACCAAGACAAUUUCGACGAAUAGACAGAUUUACGGAAACUGACGACCCUGAAGAAAUACGACGACGAUUUAGAUUUACACAUUACAGCAUUGACCGCAUAGAACGACUGAUCGGACAUAGACUUGAGAGACCAACUGGACGGAAUCAACCCUUGACACCGAGGCAGCAAAUAUUGAUAACACUGAGAUUUUUUGCUUCUGGAAAUUUUUUGCAAUUAAUAGGGGAUACUUUUGGGGUGGACAUUGCCACGGUUUCAAGGGUAGUGACCAGAGUAACUGACGAACUGUGUGACCUGAAAGACCAAACAAUUAAAUUCCCGACGACGGACAGACAUAAAUCAAUUAUUAAACAGAAUUUUUUCAAAAUCGCUGGAUUUCCGUCUGUAAUUGCGGCGAUCGACGGAACACACGUUCGCAUCAUUGCUCCCCAUGAACACGAGGAGCAAUAUGUGAACAGAAAGCACUAUCACAGUGUCAAUGUACAGGCAACGUGCGACCAUCGAGGUGUAUUCACCAGCAUAAAUGCCACAUGGCCUGGAAGUACUCAUGAUGCUCAUGUUUUCAGAACCUCAGUACUGUCUGAUUAUUUGGAAGCCCAUCAUCAUGGUUUGGAGGAUGGAAUUGUGUUGGGGGACAGUGCCUACCCAUGCAGGAAGUUUCUCAUGACACCUUACCUGCAUCCUGCACAGAUGUUCAAUGACGCACAUGCAAAGACAAGAAAUGUUAUCGAAAGAGCAUUCGGUGUACUGAAGCGGAGGUUUCAUGUCCUUCAUGGAGAGGCAUGGGGUGAGAGGGAGGCGUUCCCAGAGGAAGAAGACCCUCAACCUCCACCACUUGUCCAGCUUGAGGGUAACCCUGACGGGCAGGCUAUCAGGGAUGCAAUAACUGCAAACAUUAUGACUAUGUGCAAUAAAUUUGUUAAAAAUAGUUAA